AUGAUAUCUGCUGACCAUGCUGUCGACCGCCCCCUCGACCCAAAUGAUAAUCCAUCAUUAAAAUUGUCUCUUCGGCUGAAGUUGGAACAGCUGAUUAAUCGGCUGAAGUUGGAACAGCUGAUUAAUCGGCUGAAGUUGGAACAGCUGAUUAAUCGGCUGAAGUUGGAACAGCUGAUUAAUCGGCUGAAGUUGGAACAGCUGAUUAAUCGGCUGAAGUUGGAACAGCUGAUUAAUCGGCUGAAGUUGGAACAGCUGAUUAAUCGGCUGAAGUUGGAACAGCUGAUUAAUCGGCUGAAGUUGGAACAGCUGAUUAAUCGGCUGAAGUUGGAACAGCUGAUUAAUCGGCUGAAGUUGGAACAGCUGAUUAAUCGGCUGAAGUUGGAACAGCUGAUUAAUCGGCUGAAGUUGGAACAGCUGAUUAAUCGGCUGAAGUUGGAACAGCUGAUUAAUCGGCUGAAGUUGGAACAGCUGAUUAAUCGGCUGAAGUUGGAACAGCUGAUUAAUCGGCUGAAGUUGGAACAGCUGAUUAAUCGGCUGAAGUUGGAACAGCUGAUUAAUCGUUCAUUCUGUGUUAGUAGAUUUGAUUAG